AUGGACCGAACGGCGACAGAGAACGCUUACUGGGACCGCAUCAAUCCCGUCCGCCGAACCCCCUCCAAGCUCCACAUCGCUACCCAGGCUCUCUUCCGCCUCAUCAAGGAGGAGAAGUCGUAUCACAAGGAGCUCCAGCACCAGAAGCAACGCGUCGAGAGACUUAAGGCCGAAUUGGCCAAGGGUAUCAAUGUCGAUGUCAACUCUGAGUACAUGAUCCGGCAAGAGGAACGUGCCAUCGCCCAGACUGAAGCCGUGUUCGCGCCUCUGCACAAGAAGAUCGAGGAUGGCAUAAAGUCGGUCCAGGAGGAGCUCGCCUACGCCGAGGACCCUACGCCCAUCGACGAACUGGAAAAUGCAAGGCAAGCCCUGUUACAGGCGAGAGAUGUUCUGGGGUUGCCGCCGAUCAAUCAGGACGAUUAUUAG